GGAGCUGCAGGCCGGACGCCGGGCGCCGGGAGGGGGUCGGGGGAGGGACGUCGUGCUCGGAGCGCGCGCGCACUCACACACUCACACACACACUCACACGAGCAUCCCGAAGGGUAUUUAAGGAUCGCGCACGCGGGGCUGCGGAGAUCCUUCGGGCAGCCGCGACUUCGGCUUCGCGACUAGCAUUGGUUCCUUGGGUUUAUUUCGUUUUCCUCUCUCUUCUCCCCCUUACCCGCCCCUUUCGCGCUGCGCUGUAGCGUGCUCUCACAGCCUUUUUGCCUUGAACUGAAUGCAGGUGGGAAACAGGUCGGCGUGCCGAAAGACACCGAGUAGGUAGAAAUAAGGCAAACUCACAGAGGCGCAACAGGUCCGGUCUCCGUGGCCAGGGCGAGCCGCGGCCCCGCGCGGCGCCUCGGCCGCUGUCCCUCGGACCCUGAGCGGCCGCUGUCGGGGACCUCGGAAGAGGUGUCGGUCCUCUGGGAGUCGGAAGAGCUGUCUGGGUGGGUUUCGUCUUGCUUUUUACCCCACCGCCACCCAGUCCCCGGACGGAGGGUGCCUUUCACUUCCAGCUGGGAGGAGAGAAGAAAGCGGGGAUGGUGCACGGCUGCGGGUCUGGACGCUGAGCAAGGCAGGGGUCCAUAUCCGCUCGUGGGCUUGACUCCACCAACUAGUUGUGCAGCCACAGGGGCUGAACUUUGGAGGAAUCGACCUUUUUCUUUCCUUUUAGGAUUAUUUGAGGUGUAGAGGGUGGGAAGCGAAGCCGAGACGGCCGACCCCGCCACGAUGCUGCUGAAGAAGCACGCAGGGAAAGGAGGGGUUCGGGAGCCCGGAUCCCAGGACCCGAGCCCUGCCGAACAGCAUUGUGCCCGGACCAUGCCCCCGUGCGCCGUCCUGGCGGCCCUCCUGUCAGUGGUGGCCGUGGUGUCUUGCCUGUACCUGGGUGUGAAAACCAACGACCUCCAGGCGAGGAUCGCCGCUCUCGAAUCCGCCAAAGGGGCCCCUUCCAUUCAUCUGCUGCCUGAUACCCUGGAUCACCUCAAGGCUAUGGUGCAAGAGAAAGUGGAGCGACUUCUGGCUCAGAAAUCCUAUGAACAUAUGGCUAAAAUAAGAAUCGCAAGAGAAGCACCUUCAGAAUGUAACUGCCCAGCAGGCCCUCCAGGGAAACGAGGUAAGAGAGGCCGAAGAGGAGAAUCUGGUAAGUCUCUCUUUCAGCUGCUCUAUGUCACUCAUGGCCCUCCUGGUCCAAAAGGUGAUAAGGGAGAACAAGGUGAUCAGGGACCUAGGAUGGUGUUUCCUAAAAUCAAUCAUGGGUUUCUCUCUGCUGAUCAGCAGCUCAUUAAACGCCGCCUGAUUAAGGGUGACCAAGGACAGGCAGGGCCUCCAGGACCCCCUGGCCCUCCAGGCCCAAGAGGGCCACCUGGGGACACAGGGAAAGAUGGCCCCCGUGGAAUGCCAGGAGUACCCGGUGAACCAGGAAAACCAGGAGAACAAGGCUUGAUGGGUCCUCUAGGGCCUCCGGGACAAAAGGGUUCUAUUGGAGCACCUGGAAUUCCAGGGAUGAAUGGGCAAAAGGGUGAGCCCGGGUUGCCUGGAGCAGUAGGACAGAAUGGAAUACCAGGACCAAAGGGAGAACCUGGAGAACAAGGUGAAAAGGGAGACGCUGGAGAGAAUGGCCCCAAGGGUGACACAGGCGAAAAGGGUGACCCUGGAUCAUCUGCUGCAGGAAUUAAGGGAGAACCUGGGGAAUCUGGUCGUCCAGGGCAAAAGGGUGAACCAGGGCUUCCUGGGCUUCCUGGACUUCCGGGGAUAAAGGGAGAACCAGGUUUCAUUGGUCCUCAAGGAGAACCAGGCUUACCAGGUUUACCAGGAACAAAAGGUGAACGGGGGGAAGCAGGGCCUCCUGGAAGAGGUGAGCGAGGGGAACCUGGAGCCCCCGGACCAAAGGGGAAACAAGGUGAAUCAGGAACUAGAGGCCCAAAGGGGUCAAAGGGGGAUCGUGGAGACAAAGGGGACUCUGGAGCUCAGGGACCAAGGGGUCCACCUGGUCAAAAAGGGGAUCCAGGAGCCACUGAGAUCAUAGACUACAAUGGCAACCUCCACGAAGCCUUACAGAGGAUUACCACCUUAACUGUCACGGGUCCCCCUGGACCUCCUGGACCUCAAGGACUACAAGGGCCAAAGGGAGAGCAAGGAUCUCCAGGAAUCCCAGGAAUGGAUGGAGAGCAGGGACUCAAAGGCUCAAAGGGAGACGUGGGGGACCCAGGUAUGACAGGUGAAAAAGGAGGAAUUGGACUUCCUGGAUUGCCGGGAGCUAAUGGAAUGAAAGGAGAAAAAGGAGAUUCUGGAAUGCCGGGUCCACAGGGUCCUUCUAUCAUAGGCCCACCAGGCCCACCAGGUCCCCAUGGCCCACCUGGCCCCAUGGGACCUCAUGGACUUCCUGGACCAAAGGGUACAGAUGGUCCUAUGGGACCCCAUGGCCCUGCAGGUCCCAAAGGAGAAAGAGGUGAAAAAGGAGCUAUGGGAGAGCCUGGACCAAGAGGGCCCUAUGGGCUGCCUGGGAAAGAUGGAGAGCCUGGUCUUGAUGGUUUCCCUGGUCCACGGGGUGAGAAGGGUGAUCUAGGAGAAAAGGGAGAAAAGGGAUUCCGUGGCGUUAAGGGGGAAAAAGGGGAGCCAGGCCAGCCUGGCCUGGAUGGGCUGGAUGCCCCUUGCCAAUUGGGGCCAGAUGGCUUACCCAUGCCUGGCUGUUGGCAAAAGUGAUGAAUCUAACCUUUCAAGCAUGAAGUUGUGUAUAUAAUGAUCCAUUUUUAAUAUUUAUAGUUGAAAACUGAAUUGCAGAUUUUACAAGUCUGAGAUAUGUUUACAUAGGGUUGCUUCUUCCUGCUGGCAGUAGUAUACAUGUCCAUUUUUACUCCACUUACAUCUGAAAUUGGGCAAUUUGUGAAACCGAUGAGAAUCCUGCAAAAAAUAUAGAUCAGUAUCUCUUUAUCUUAUGUGAAGAUAGGUAUUUAUAUGGACAAAUCAGUGGUAGAGAAUGAUUGAUUGUACUAGCUAUUUUCCUUCUUUGGGCUUGCUAAUUGCAUGGACAAAAAGUGCCAUGAAAUAGUUUACAUGAAAUGGUGACCAAAUAUGGACUCAAAGCUAUGAAAAUGUACUAUACUGACUGAUUUUAGAGCUGAUUAUCACAUUCCCAUUCGCCUUUCAUGUUGGCGUUGACUCAUACCUACACCACCCAUUGAAACUAACUAAAAAAGCAUGACUGUGUGCCAAACCUGCUUGCUGUGCAACUUCAGAUGCUAGCAUGCUGAUCACGAGUCCUUUGAUUACAUCUGAACCUUUAUUCCUUUUGUCAUCUCAAGGGGGUUACACCAUGGCUUAUUGCCAAAAAGAGAUAAGGUGGUGGAGAGCACACACACAAUUUGUCUUGUAUUUUGAGGGAGUUGCAGUCCUGACUGCACAUCUACAGCUUCCAGUAUCGUGGGCUCAUGUGGCCACUUUGGUUGAAAUACGAAGGGGUUGAGCCUGUUGCUGCCGCCAGUUUUCCUUGGGCUGCCCUUGGCAGUGAAGACACCGGAAGAGGACCGAUUCAGCCUCCAGCACUGCCUUUUGUGUGACCAAGUAGGAAAGAGGUUUACAAAUGCAAACAUGCAGAACCACAGACUUUAAAAAUAUAUAUAAAUAAACUGAAUUUCAGCAAGUGUUAAUAUAGGUGCUUUUAAAAAUGACAGAGGCACAGCACUUCUUUUGGAAUAGGAGAUUCUUGGAAUGGGAGCUCCUGUCCCUGAGGGAAAAGGGAUGUCCAUCCCACCAAAACUUGGGGUGCUGAAGAAAUAACAUGUUCUGAGAAGGGAUCAGCCAAAGUCACCUCUCCCGAUGAUGUAGGAGAGCUUACUGGGACAAUCUGUGCCAAAGUUGUGAGAGCUUUCCUUCCUCCUAAGAUCCAACCAUGUCAAACAUUUCCUACAAAGUUCGAGAAACAGAAAGGUAUUUUUCAUUCUUUUUAAUGCUUUUUUCUUUUUCUUUCUUUAGUCCCAAGAAUAUUGAAAAAAUAUUCAUUUCAGUUUUUGUCACAUGUUUUGAACAAUUUUUUUUAAGAAGUCUUCAAAUCAUAAUAAUUUGGCUCCAAUAGUCAAAAUGACCUUUUACUAACUUCUCUCUUGUUUUGGAUAAUUGGAUAGAAUAUAAAAGAAGCUCCACUUUCAGUCUAAUCAUUGCAAAGCAUGAAAGUUAUGCAUUUUUAAGUAGUUUUGACUUUUUUUACAUGAUGAAUGUAACGUACAUGGAGAUUAUCAGUUAAUAUAAAGCCAAGAUUUUGUCACAUUUGGUAAUAUUAACUAAUUUCUAUUUUUAUGGUUUUAAGUUUUGUCUAUAUUUAGAUUUCUUUCUCUUUUUAACAUUUCUAAAUGUUUGUCUUAUCCUCAUAUCCACAGACCAAAUCUAAGAUCUCAGAAAGCUGUGAAAUAUAGUUGCCAUAAAGAGAAUAUUUUUCAUCUACUUGCUCAAACUUUACCUAACCGUAUUAGAUGGAACAUUUCUUUGCACAGUAAAGAGUUGGUAGCGUGUUUUGAAAUGGCUUAUUCUAAGUGGAAGUGUUACAUUAAAAGAAACAUUAUCAAUGAGGAGUAGGCACCCUUUCAGCCCAUUAGAGAAUUUAAUUUCUCUCCUGACUCGAUGCCGUCUUCUGGGAGGACGCAUAGGUGUCACCACCAGAAGGGAAAUUAACUUACCUUGGCUUAUGGUUAAGAUAUAACCAUAAGACAAGGAACCUAAAAUCCUCAUGAUCUCGUUAUGUUAUGUAACCAAAUGACAGUCAUACAAAAUGGCAUCUUUUUUUUUCUAUUAAAUUUUUAAGGUUGAAAGAUGUUUAAACUAUUAGAUCAGUCUAAUUGGUAACAUUUCUGGUAACAUUCCACACCCCUAAGCCAGUUUAGCAUUUUGAAAAUAAUGGGGGGCAUUUUCUAACAAUUUCUUGUAUGGCAUGGUGUUAGGAUAAGAUAUUGCUCAAUGUCUGACACAAUUUGUCUUAAAUGGUUUGGAAAAAUGAACUGAAGUGGGUGGAACUACAUUCUCUUCAGGAAAACAAACUACAGUGUCCAGUGGCUAUAUUUUUUUCCCUUCUGUCUUUUUUUCUGCUCCUCUAGUAGAAAGAGGUGGAUUGAAAUGGAUCACUAUUUAAAACUUGCACAGCUUCUGGAGACGAUACCUCAAUAUCAAAAGAAAAACACUUUAUGUAUAAAAAUUUUUUUUGAAAUACAGCCCUUCAAAGAAUAGUGUUCUGUCCUGUGUGUAUAUUGAGUUUUUGCUCUGUAACUGAUUUGACAACAUCAACUUAUUUCAUAAUUAAAUGAGGUUGUAAACUUUCAUUACAUUUAUUUCCUUGGGAAAAACAAAGGGAUGGAAAUACUCCUCCUUGUUCAGUGGAAUUGCUAGGUCUUAACCAUGAUGGAUAAUCUUUAACUUUUGGUUACUACAAUGUUUUCAAGCGUCCAUUUUGUCAUCAAUAUAGAGAAUUCUUAAAUAAUUUCUAAGUGAAUGAAAGAAUUGUGUUUGUUGAUAUGUGUUGAUAGAUAACAUACUUUCCUUAAAGAUUUCUUUAAUGUGUGUUAUUGGAUAGACGGUUGAGAAAGUAUACAUGAAAGACACAUUGGAAAUAAGGCAAAGUCAGUUUCUAUUUCUGCUAAAACAUUGAAGGAUAGCAAAUUGAUAUGUGUUUUAGAUUUAAAAUUGUUUUUCAUUUAUGUUGGUUGGUGCUAAUGUAUCUCUUUUCCUUUUUCUCUGUGGACAAUGCAACUACUAUGGAUAAUUUUAUUUCCCUGUUUAAUAGCAUUCCUAAAUUAUUAGUGUGUUAUUUUAUUUUUAAAGUUCAUGAAUUUGCUAUAAUUAUGGUCCAAUGACCAGGCUUUCUUAAUGUAAAACAAAACAGUGUACCAAUAGAUGAUGUGUGUUUACUCGGAUCAUGGAUCCUCCUAUUUCAUAUUCAUUUCAUGCAUCAUAUGCCUUUAUCUACUUUCAUGUGUCUCAUCUUUUUCAUUCACUCAUCUUUUAGUUUAUAUGAUUUGAUGAAACAUGACAAAACUAGGAUCAGAGAAGUCUGCACACACUGUAUAGAGUACCUAGUGCACAAAUAUGCCUAAUUUUUUCUCUCAGUUUUUGUUUUUCAUUAGCAAAAGCAGUCUUGGAGGAUUUUUUUUUGUCAUGUGAUUUUAUAGAGGACAUUAGAAUAUCUUUAAUUCCUACUAGAAGAAAGGUCUUGUUUUUGAAUUUACAUUCUGUGCAUACGAUGUUCUGAUGGGACAGCAAGAACUUACACAUCAAGUAGUUUAUACUACAUGUCCUUUGUCUAACUAUCUAUAUAUAUAGACAUAUAUGCUAGUUUAGAAAAUUGUCAAAUCAGCAUGUCAGUACCAACAGAAAAAUUGUCUUUGAUAUGUUAUAUUUUUAUCACUUAGGAAAUGUGCUUAAUUUCCAAGGGUUUUUUUUUUAAUGUUACUAUUGAAGCAUGAACAGUUAACAUCAUUUGUUAUCCUUUCUUUCCCCACUAUAUAUUGUCUUACCCAGAGUUGGGCUAUACUUUGGUGGUGUUUUAACAUCUUCUAAUAAGUGAUCGUAAGCAACAUACAGAUGCUAAUAUUUGAAAUCUUGUUUUUUCUUACUUCCUAAUAAUAAAAUUAUAUUAAUAUUUCACACUACAAAAAAUAGGAUUUUCUAUUUGUAAAAACAAGAGCUCCUGCUAUCUCUUGGAAGUUAAGUCCUUAGGAACCCUAUCUUAUCUUUCUAAAAAGAAUAAGUAAGAACAAUCACAUGUGAUUCUGGCUAUUAAAAUCAUACAUCCCUAGUGGAAUUAACAAGUUUGACCAAUUACGAUUAUGCUAAAUUGUUUUAGACCAGAAGGACUGUCAGUCCCUACUUCUUCCCAUUUUUCUUGGGAUAUCUUUAUAUUGGCUAGAUUUGUUGCCAAUAUAAAAUUGACACAGCAGAGACACUCCUCUAACUUAAAUUUUUAGUGGAGUUUGGUUUUUGCUAACCCCGUACUAAUAAACACUUUAAUGACUUUUUUCAUUUCAAAAUAUUUAAAUGUAUAAAAUUGCCUAUGCUGCUUAUUGAAAGAACCGUCCUUUUGGGAAUAAGAAGACUUUUUCCACCUAAACCAUUAUGUGUGAUUUAUUAACAACUUAACAAAGAAAGUACCAACAUUUCUCAAAAUGUAGUUGAUAUUCUUACCUAUCUCAGAAAUAUUAAUGAAUUGGAUUCACAAAAGAAUGUCUUACAUACUGUUGACAUUUAUGUGAAUAUUCUUUAUACUGUUGUAAAUGUUUCAUUCAACUUAAUAACAUUUUAAAAAGAUGUAUGUAUCUGAUUUUUCUUUAGAAAAUAUUAUAUUUUUAUUUGUAUUUUUUACAUUUUAAAGUUCAUCUCUAUGUGUAGCUAUUUUUAUAUUGCCAAAAACUCACAUAAAUACAAAAUAAGUGAAAUAUGCAAAAAAAAUAUUUUGGCAAGCAUUACACUGCAUAUUUUUUUAAAUGUUUGUGGGCCAGUCUCAUAUAAUUGAUUAUUCUAAGAAUGUGUUGUGUCUUAUCACUGUAAAUAUGGCACAAACCUGUUUAUCUCAGUAGUGUAAAUAAUUGAAAGAUUGAAUUCUCCCUGUUCAAUUUUUAUUUUAAUUUCAUUGUAAUUUCUCCAGCUGACAUUACUGUAUCAAAAGAUGCAUAAGAUUUUUGAUUUGCGGUUUGGAGAUAAUUGCAUUGUGUUCAGUUUCCAAUUUGUUUUUAUUUGCUUUUUAAAUUUGUUUUCAGGGUUCCUAGUUUGUGAGAAGUUGAUCUUCAGAAUUAUUUUUACACUAUUUAUGACUUAUUUUCAUAAUGUAAAAAGUGUGUAAUUAUUACAAUAUUAACCCAAACAAUGAUAAUGAAUUGUAUUGUUAUAAAGCUUUAUUGAUG